GGGUCCCCGCGCAGGGCGGGGCUAGGGCUGUCCCUGGUCCCCGGCGCCUCCUCUGUCUGGGUCUCCGCCUCCGGGACCUGCGGCGGCGGUGAGGUCCGGAGCGCGGCUUCCCCGCGGGCGGGCGGCGCGAUGGGUUGCGGGAACUCCACGGCCACCAGCGGGGGCGCGGGCCGAGGUCCAACAGGAGCAGUUAAAGAUGCGACGGAAGACUCCAUAACAGAGGACGACAAGAGGAGAAACUACGGUGGCGUGUACGUUGGCCUGCCCUCCGAAGCAGCCAGCAUGGUGUCUAGUCAAGCCAAGACAGUACGGAAAAAGGAAGAAAACAGGAUGACUGGAUACUCAAGAGAACCCAGACUCCAGCAGACCAGAAACAAGAGGUCUUUGAUGCUGAAGCAACCUCUUUUCCAGGUCUGCUCAUGAAUUUGGAAGGAAUUUGGCUCCAGGGACAUCGUGUCUUCAGACAAAUUCUGAAAGGUGUCCCCUGCUGUGCCAGCUCCCCCAAAUCCUAAACGUGUAGUUAAAGCCUUGGGUACAUACUGGAUGUUGUGGCCGUGGAAGGAAAUUGUCAAGACUUCAUGCUCAAUGGGGCAACUUGGUGUCGUCCACCACUGAGGGCCAUAAAGGCUGUGGCUACCGGCCUGAUCCACCAGGCAUCAUAGCGUUUCCCAUCCUGGCCAUUCAACACAGUCCACAGAAAUCAUGUCUUUUCACUGAUACUCUUUUGAUAGUUUUUAUAUAAUGCAAUUCUUAUUGUAUUUAUAACAUGAUCUUAGGGCCGCAUAAAGGGAUUAUCUGAAGUGAUAUAUUGCCUCGUCCUUGGAUGUUUCUACUUUGUUGUUUUUAGCUGUGAAAUUGGUAAAAAGAGUCUCAGAACCAUCUCCCUGUCUUACUAGCUGGUUUAAAAUUUUUAUUUAAAUGUAAGAGAAUUCCCUCUGUUGAGAGCAUCUCAGUAUUUGGAAAUGAACUAGUUAAGAUUGCAUGCCAUCCACACGUGUGAAUUAAAUUCCCGCUUUCUUUAGUCUGAAGCUUAUAUGACUAUAAGUGAUCUCCAUCUUCCCAGUUGUCCAUUCUCCCUGUGUGUAAUCAGAGCAUCUCACCAUGUUAAUUCCCUACCGUCUUGAAGGUCUUGCGGUUGAUGUUUAGUGGGAUUUCUGUAAAGUUCCUGAUUUGCUGACAACGUGUAUACCUACUUAUGACUGCUGUAAGUGACUUGGUUUACCAGUGUACUUCAACAAUUAAAUAUUUUUAUCCCCCUUUA